AUGAAUUUUAAAGAUUAUGGAAUAACGGUUAAAGCAAAUGAACUAUGUUGUACUUACAAAUCAGAUUUAGAAAAAAAUGAAUUUAUAAAUGGACUUUUAUAUUUUCGUUCUCGUCAAAUUAAAUUUCAUCGAAAAGAAGAUUACACCAUUCCUACUGCUGCAAUAUAUGAUCGUAAUAUGAAAGAUAUUUAUCCAAACAUUGAAAUUACUCUUCAAAUAUUCGCCUCAACACCAGUUGGCAACUGUACUGCCGAACAAUCGUUUUCGGUCUUAAAAAAAAAUUGA